GUUUUUGAUUUUGAUUUAGAAAUUGCAUUUAGGCUUACAUAGUAGGCCAAGCAUGAUUUAUAAAGUUUGUCUCACGCUUAUAGCGGUUGUUCAAUUGGCAUAUGCAGACCCUUGUCGUAUAAAUUUCGGGGGCUGUGACCGAACCAAUGGUUUGUGCUGGAGCACGGGAAGAGAAACCCAUUUUUGUUCUUGCAAAGCAGGCUACGAGGAAGUUCGUCGUUUUGGAAGACUGACGUGCCAAGACGUUGACGAAUGUAGAGAUAGCACUUCUUGCGGCCAGAAUGCAGACUGUGUCAACACUGAUGGGAGCUAUUUCUGCGCUUGUAGAUGUGGAUACAUUAAUGAUUACACUGGAAAGUAUUGCCUCGAUGCCAGUCGAAUUUCGGAUGCGUGCAUGGAACCAUCACAUUGCUCCCACAUAGAGAGUUCACGACCAAACGUUCGGUUUGAUACGAGUUCUUCAAGAGACUACUUAACAUAUUACUUUGAAUAUGUAAGAGUACCAUCGAAAGUAAACAGAAACACCAGACGUUGUAAAUGUGAACAGGGAUUUACAUUGAACAGAUGUGGAUAUUGUGUAGACAUAAACGAGUGCCAACGGGACAGAGGAGUUUGCAAAGGUAACCAAGCACGCUGCAUUAAUACAGAAGGAAGUUUUUACUGCGAAUGCGAUAACAAUUGGAUUCUUGGACCAUGUAGAAGAGAAUGCUUUGAACCGGGAACACAAUUGUCGCUAUUCUGUGAAACACCACAACUUGGAAUUUUAGAGUCACUGGGAUUCGAAUUCCGUUCAUUCGUUCGGCCACAUCUCCUUACCAAUUACAGAACUUGUGGCGCCGGAAAAAGGACGGGAGAAACGACCAUUGAGAGGUUUAAUCUCGAUGCUAACAGUGGAACUGAUGUAACACUGACAUGGGAUUGCAAAGAAUCACCAAGAGAAAGUACUUUAAAAAAUAUUGCCGAAGAAGAAGCUCGAUGGGAUAAUUGGACGUGCUGGACCGCCUGCAAAGCUACUUGUUGGGGAGGAUUACAGACUCGAGUGAGAAACUGUCUCAAUGGUCUACCUGGACUUGAUGGAUGCCUCGGAGAUGGCUCGGAAAAGCGAGAGUGUUACACUGGACCAAAAUGCCCCUUCAGAGUUCGUAAACACGCAGCACAAUUGACAACAGCGGAAAUUGCCGACUUGAGGCAAGCAAUGGAAAGGUUUAAGGAAGACACUUCAGCAACCGGAUUUUUCAAUUUAGCCGCGGCCCAUGGUUGGCCAGGACAAUGCAUGGUGAACAAUAAUAGAGAAUCAUGUUGUCCCCACGGUGCAAAACUUGGGUUCUUGACUUGGCACAGAAGUAUCAUUCUUAACUUUGAAGAAGGGCUAUCCAGGUACUUACGAGACAAGACACUCGGCAUACCGUAUUGGAAUUUUCUGGCUUCGGGCGAAGACAGAGAGCCUCCUCAAUUUAUACUUGAGCAGUGGUACGACUUCUUCCGACCAAAUCCUUUUGCAAACAUGACAGUGCGGAUAGACCGAACAGGCCCUAUGAGAACUAUUCAGCGGGACGCUAUAUUUAGGCCAAGACUGGACAAUGCCGAAAGACAAUGGUUAAAUAUUGCAUCGGUUAAGAUGUCACCCCAUCAGUGGCACGAUUUUGCAGAAGCCACAGAAGCUGCUCACGGAGGCGCUCAUGUGUCAGCUUGUGGUCAAGGAAGAUUUACCCAAAAAUGUGCUAUAUCGUUUGCAAGUCUUGAUUUUUCCGGAUUUGACCCGUUGUUUCUGCUUCAUCACUGCAAUAUUGAUCGAUUAUGGGCAGUGGCUCAAAAAACAAUGAAGGAUGAUGGCAAUACAACUUGGACUCUUCAAUCUACCCUAGAAGCUUUUGAAGAUGCAUCAAUUUUCAGUAAACCGUUCAUGCCUUUCGCGAAUUCAAGUUUGAGUUCAUUCCCAGUUGUAAAAGCCACAAAUACAAUGAGGGAUUCUUACUAUUAUGAAGAACUAACCGGUGUCAAGUACGAUUAUCUUGGUAGCAGAGGAUAUCCUCCUGAACCACAGCGCGGGCUAGACAUUUCAAGAAAUCCACAGGGUGCUGUGUUGUUUGUAGCGCAAUAUUUCUCCGACACAUCUUCGAAUUUCUAUGUUAAUUAUUACGAUGAUUCAAGUAACAGACCCUGCUCUCAAUUGACCAGUUUCAACCGUUUAGGUGGAACUUUGCGGUUGGGUCAGGCUACCGCUCUCCGUCAGCGUGUUCCUCAAUUGACACUCAUAUCCGACCAAGAGCCCGUAUCUCGGCUUGAUCAAGAUCUUACUGUAAGGGCUUGCUACACUUCCAUAAAUUGCACGGAGCGAUGUCCAGAAGUAUCUGACCCUGCUAUCCUACAAUUGCCAACUCCAAAUUUGGUCUUUUACGUCCCGAAUACACCUGUUGAUAUUUACAAGUUCUACUGGGCAACAGGCCGAAGACUUCCAUCCUGGUACAUCAACAUUGCAGCAAUAAAUCAAUGGGUGUACUUCUACGGUAACAGACGAAACAAUAUCGUCCAAGUACGUACCUCCGCGGAAUACUUCAGCUGUAAUGCAAAUUCAGGGCGAAGAUUGUCAUGCAGUAUCAGCGGCAAUACUGGCGGUGCCUGCAUUUUCCCCAGUGGAGUGUACUUCUUAGUUGAUAGCAAUCCAUCUUUCUGUAGAAAUGGCUUGCGAAUGAUAAUCGUCUCCAGACAUUAGGAACACUUAGUAUAUUGAGAAAUCGGAGUUAUCUUUGGAUUAUCCCUAAUAAAACACACCCUUUAUAAUUUUAAACGCACAUCUUAUAACCGCUUUUGCAAGUAUUGCGAGUAUUAGCAAGUCAGCAAGGUUCAUGAAAAAAGAAAUUCCGAUUUACUUAUCACUAAAUAAAUCUUAUCAAAAAGUUGUUUUGUGUAUGAUCUCUUUCACUUUUACAACAAGUUAAUAAAUUACCUAGAAUUACAGUGUGUUGCAGUCUCAUAACAUGUUUUGUUACGAUGUAAGUAAGUACUUACAAAUGUUCUUAAAUUGGCUAAAAUUUUAAAUCGGCUGAAAUAUAUUUAAUUUCACUUCUGCAAAAAAAUGUUCUCAACAAAUAUUUUCUAUCGUCGUCUAGAUGCGCUAUUAUCCAAUACCCAAAAUUGCUUUUAAAUCUGGUUCACUGACACGCUGAUUUCGCAUAUAUACAAUAGAUGUGUUUAGUACUUUAAUCUCGGAUUUUCAACCUUAUUUUCUGUUUAUAGUCAAAAUACAUGCAUUUUGAGUAUUGUUAAGUUUGCAGAUUGUCAUCACAUACAUUACAAAAUAUAUAAUAUGGUGAAUGCUUAUUUUCUUUGUAAAGUUUGCGAUAAAUGUCAAAACUCAGGUGGGAGGUAUUGCGGUAUGUUUCAAUAUUAGACUGCGGGAUUCAUUUUCUUUAUUUUAGAUUUUUAUUUUCCCCUAUCAUACAAAAUAAUUGUUGAAAUAUUAAAAGGGGUCCAUCUUUAAAUAGGGAUAUUUUAGCAUCAGUAGAAUGUGCCAUGGUGCCAUCUUCUUAAAUUCGUACUAAACGGAUUCAACGCGGAUCCUGUUGUGCAUGGCAUAGUGUUCUGAACUCAUACAAUUUAACUUGUAGUGCCUCUUACAAAGUCGGUUGAGUUUUUUAAUACUAUAUAAUUGUUCAUCGCUGGAAAUCUGGAUCACAGCUGUACAUGUUCGACAUAUUGAGGUUGUUAUCCCGUAUCAAGUUUCGGAUGACUACGAGCUAUUUGGAAGACCAAAUUUAACUUAGUUGACAAAUCAGACAUGAAUUGAAAAUAGACAACCUUUCAUAAUUUGUGAUGCACAUUGUUAAAUUUGGAUGGCCUUAAAACAAAAAAGGCAAAUGCACAAUCCCGCGAACAAACACUGGAACGAGCGGUCGAUUGUGAGUCUUUUCAUGUAGCAUGCCGUUAAAAAUUUUCGCCCUCUGGUGUUACUUGAUUCUCUGUCGUUUUUCAUCUAAUACUGGUUUUCCGAGUGAAUCUUUGACACCACAAUCAAAAUUUUAAUUUGGUAGAGGCACUAGAUGUGAAAAGGUGCUUUGAUUUGGUAGCGUGCUCGAUCUUUAGUGGAAACUGUACCUCAGCAUUAACAAGCAACAUUGACCGUUCUCCGGAUUGCUAAAACAA